GCGAAGGCGAAGCGCUAACAAAGCCAGGUCUCACCGCACCUCUCCUGUGCUCCUGGCUGAGGCAGGUGCCGCCCUACGCCGCUCACAUUCGGCUGCUUUCCGCCCUCCGGCCGGCCGAAGGUGCGAGGCCGUGGAUCUCUCUCCACACCUCCCGCCUGAAGUCAGGCGCGAGGUGUCGCCUGGUGCCGGAUAGCCCGCCUGGAGCGAGCCUCAGGUCAGUCAGUCAAUGCCUCGGACAGAUAAGCAAAUAUGCAUCCCCCCGGAGCUGCCGGACUUGCUGAAGCAAUUCACCAAAGCCGCCAUUCGGUCCCAGCCGCAGGAUCUCAUCCAGUGGGCUGCUGAUUAUUUUGGGACUAUGUCCCGUGGAGAGAUUCCUCCAGUGGGAGAGCGGUCUGAGCGAGUGGCUUUGUCUAACUGGGCUGAGCUGACACCGGAGCUGUUAAAGAUCUUGCAUUCCCGGGUCGGCGGCAGACUGAUUGUCCAUGCAGGUGAGCUGGCCCAGAUGUGGAAGGUGCUGAAUCUCCCAGCUGACUUGUUUAACAGUGUGAUGAAUGUGGGCCGCUUCACGGAGGAAAUUGAGUGGCUGAAGUUUCUAGCCCUUACUCCCUCCAUUCAUGUUCCUAAAGAUAAGCAAGAGCCAGCUACCAUUGCCAAAACUCUCAAGAUAGUGUGUGAAGUGUUAUCAUCGGACCAUGACAGCGGCCCUCCCCGGAUCCCUUUCAGCACCUUCCAGUUUCUGUACACAUAUAUUGCUGAAGUGGAUGGGGAGAUCUCAGCAUCACACGUCAGUCGAAUGCUGAACUACAUUGAACAGGAAGUUAUUGGUCCUGAUGGUUUAAUCAAGGUGAAUGACUUUACCCAAAACCCCAGGGUUCGGCUGGAAUAAAAGCACACUUUUGGCAAUUUUAAAGGAAGAUAACAGGGAUGAUUGUGCUUCAAAAUGACUGAACCCCAUAUACCAUCCAAAGUCAACUUUCUUGUGUAACUGGUACACACUAAUAAACAAUUAGGCAAACAUAUGAAA